CCCGCUCGGAGAACAGGACCCUGCCCGGGUAGGCUGGACCGGGCGGGGUCUGGACCGAGCCCGUUCCGGUCCAACGCCUCUCUCCCGAGUCCUCCACGGAGCAGGGGGGCAGAGCCGAGCCGAGCCGAGCCGCGGCAGGAGCCAUCGGGGAUUAGGGGCGAGGGACCCGCGGCCGCUUUCUUCCGUGUUCCGGCUUCCUGCAGCCAGCCGCGGCGGUGCGGGGCAGGGAUGCGGCCGGGCGCCGGCGGCGGGGCCGCUGCGGGGCUGGGGAUGGCCCCGCACGUCUAGCAGGGCUCCGAGCUGGAGAUGAAGGGGUUGGCCUGACACCGAGGGCCGUCCUGUUGAUGAGAGGGAGCCCCCGGCCAUGGGCAGCCACGAGAAGGAGCCGGCCUCCCCCCGGAGGGCACCGGCGCCGUCCAGGUCCAACAGCAUCGUGUCUUCCAAGCACAGCAGCGCCCACCAGGGCUCCGAGUGCUGGGAGGUGGUGGACGAGCCCCGGGGCAGGAUCGGGCCCGGCCAGGAGCUGGAGCGGCACGAGGGCUACCUGCUGAAGAAGAGGAAGUGGCCCCUGAAGGGCUGGCACAAGAGAUACUUCGUGCUGGAGGAGGGGAUCCUGAAAUACGCCACCACGCGCCAGGAUGUCCUCAAGGGCAAGCUGCACGGCUCCAUCGACGUCUGUCUGUCCGUCAUGUCCAUCAACAGGAAAGCGCAGCGCGUGGACCUGGACACGGAGGAGAACAUUUACCACCUCAAGAUCAAAUCCCAAGAGCUCUUUAACAGCUGGGUGGACAAGCUGUGUUCCCACCGCCGGGUGGAGAAGCCCAAGUGCCCUGCACCCACGGGGGCCCCAGCCGGGCAAGUCCUGCCCCCCGCCCAGGGCUACGGCUCCUGGAACCACGUCCUGCCGUUGGAUGGCGCCCCAGCCCUGUCCGCGCUGAGCAGCCCCCGGGACAAGGUGAAUGCCUGGCUGAAGGACAGCGAGGGGCUGGAUCAGUGCUCGGCAGAGCUCUCCGAGUGCCAGGGGAAGCUGCAGGAGCUGAACAAGAUGCUCCAGAGCCUGGAGACCCUGCACCGCAUCCCGUCCGCGCCCCUCAUCUCCAACAGCCAGACCUCAGCAGCUGCAGAGAGACCCAAAAAGGGGAAGCGAACCACCAGGAUCUGGUGCACCCAGAGCUUUGCCAAAGACGACACCAUCGGCAGGGUGGGCCGCCUGCACGGCUCCGUCCCCAACCUCUCGCGCUACCUGGAGUCGAGCCAGAGCCAGCCAGCCUUCAGCCUCCCCCCGGAGUACAGCCAGCUGCCGCGGAACUUCUGGAUCCUGGCCCAGAAAGUGCACGGGUCCCUCAGCAACGUGGUGGCCGUGCUGACCGUGGAGAGGAAUCGCCUCCAGGAGAUGCGGCGGGCGCUGGAUUUGCAACGCCAGGCGGGCAGCGCCAGGAACGCAGCCGUGGCUGGGGCUCCCUUGCAGAACCCGGACCAUGUGGAGUAUCUGCAGCGUUUCCACUCCCUCUCCAUCUCCUCCGACGCCACGCUGGACUCGUUCACCUCGCUCCACCCAGACGAGCCUGAGGCCCACCUGGCCAAGGGGCGGGAGCAGCAGCUGUCCAACUGCAGCAUCGUCUCGCUCUCCGACUCGCACACCGAGUUCUUCGACGCCUGCGAGGUCUUCCUGUCCGCCAGCUCCUCCGAGAACGAGGCCUCGGACGACGAGUCCUGCCUCAGCGAGGCCACCAACAGCCUCUCCGACGAGGCUGGGGGGGACGGGCGCCUCCAGAGAGCAGGCCGAGGCGGGGCGGAAGGCGGGCCGGUGCCCUGCGCCUCCGAGACGGGCGGGGGGGCGCUGCCGGCUCCCCCGCCCCUGCCCGCUCUGGUGCCCGCGUGGCUCCCACGCCGGAGCUGCCUGCCGGCCCCCAGCGUCCCCGCCAGCGACAUCAGCUUGUGGAAUAUCCUGCGCAACAACGUGGGCAAGGACCUGUCCAAGGUGUCUAUGCCGGUGCAGCUCAACGAGCCGCUCAACACCCUGCAGCGGCUCUGCGAGGAGCUGGAGUACAGCGGCCUGCUGGACGCCGCCAGCCGCUGCGCCGACCCCUGCGAGCGCCUGGUCUGCGUCGCUGCCUUUGCUGUCUCUGCCUACGCCUCCACCUAUUACCGUGCGGGCAGCAAACCCUUUAACCCCGUCCUGGGUGAGACGUAUGAGUGCGUUCGGCCGGACAAAGGCUUCCGCUUCAUCAGCGAGCAGGUUUGCCACCACCCGCCCAUCUCCGCCUGCCACGCAGAGUCAGACAACUUCAUCUUCUGGCAAGACAUGAAGUGGAAAAAUAAAUUCUGGGGCAAGUCCCUGGAGAUCAUCCCCGUGGGGACCGUCAACGUCAAGCUGCCCAGGUUCGGGGACCACUUCGAAUGGAACAAGGUGACGUCCUGUAUCCACAACAUCCUGAGCGGCCAGCGCUGGAUCGAGCACUACGGCGAGGUCCUGAUCCGCAACACCAGGGACAGCACCUGCCACUGCAAGAUCACCUUCGGCAAGGCCCGCUACUGGGGCUCCAGCGUCAACGAGGUGCAGGGAGCGGUGCUGAGCCGCGGGGGGCAGGUGAUCCACCGGCUCUUCGGCAAGUGGCACAAGGGGCUGUACCGUGGGGCGCCCCCGGCUGGCCAGUGCCUCUGGAAACCCAACCCCAUGCCCCGAGAGCACGAGAAGAACUACGGCUUCACGCAGUUCGCCCUGGAGCUGAACGAGCUGACGCCAGAGCUCAAACACUUCCUGCCCUCCACGGACACGCGGCUGCGCCCCGACCAGCGGUACCUGGAGGAAGGCAACGUGCAGGCGGCAGAGUCCCAGAAGCGCCGGAUCGAGCAGCUGCAGAGAGACCGGCGCAGGGUGAUGGAGGAGAACAGCAUCUCCCACCAGGCCCGCUUCUUCAGGCGGCAGACGGACCCCGGCGGCAAGGAGUCCUGGGCCAGCAACGACACCUACUGGAAGCUGCGGACGGAGCCCGGCUACACCAGCCUGGACAGCGCCGUGCUGUGGUAGCUGUGGGCGUCCCGGGGGCCGCCCUGCCCAGCGCUCUGUGCCCCUGCCUCCCAAGCACAGAUGGAUUAGUGGGCAGGGGCUGGGCCCCCCCCCCCCCACGCUGGACAAAGUACAAGGAGGGCAGGGCACUGGAUCCCGGCCGCCCCCUCUGGGGUCCGCUGGGACGUUCGCCCGGGUGCCUCGGCAGUGCCCCCCAGUGGACAGGGUGAAGAUGCCGCGUGUGAAAGGUGUCCUGGCCCUUCCCGGGUCCGCCCAGCUCCCAGCCCAGCCCCGUCGCUGCUGUCUGCUGGCCGGACAGCCCACACCCCGCCGGCACCUCAUGGACCGUGGGGGGUGCUAACCCCAUGCACUUAGUUCUGCCUUCCCCCCCCACGGGGGGCACCACGAUGAGGGGGCGGGGUGGGGGGGGAAGCUUUUAUUUUUCAAAUUCUUUAUAUUAAUUUAAACAAACCUGUA